CGCUCCCGCUGUAGCGAAGGACGGGUAGGGGAGCUGACCCCGGCGGUUUGCUCCGCUCUGUGGAGGAGAGAUGGGGAGGCGCUGGGCCUGGGCUGAGCUGGAUGGCAGCGUUCUUCUGAACGUACGGGGAAAGGCCUCAUUUAUGGCAAGCCGGGACACCCAGUGAAAAUAUAUGUAAAAUUACAUCACAGUAGCUCAAUCCUUGCCUGUAUGGAUUUUAAACGUGCUAAAAAAGAAACAGUGGACCCCACCUACUCAUGGAUCGGGCCUAAUGAAAAGCCAUUAACAGAAAAUAAUCAAAUAAAUAUAACUAAAAGAGGAAAGCUGAAGAUGGAAGAUUUUCAGGAGGCUUUGUCUGGACUUUACACAUGUACUCUUUCUUAUAAGACUGUCAAAGCAGAAACCCAAGAAGAAACGGUAGUAAAGCAGAGAUACGACUUUAUGAUCUUUGCCUAUCGGGAACCUGAUUAUUCAUAUCAGAUGGCUGUACGUUUUACCACAAAGUCUUGUGAAGGAAGAUACAAUGACCUGCUUUUUAGAGUGCUGAAGAAAAUCUUGGAUAAUUUAAUCUCUGAUUUGUCAUGCCAUGUCAUAGAACCAUCAUAUAAAUGCCAUUUUGUUAAAAUUCCAAAACAUGGCCUCGUACAUGAGCUAUUUAUAGCCUUUCAAGUUAAUCCUUUUGCACCAGGAUGGAAAGGUGCAUGCAAUGAUUCUGCCGACUGUGAAGAUAUAACUAAUCAUAAUAUCCUCCAGGCAAGAGAUCGGAUAGAAGAAUUUUUCCGGAGCCAAGCAUAUAUUUACUACCAUGACUUUAAUAAAACUAUACCAGCUAUGCAUUUUGUGGACCACAGUUUUCAAGUAGUACGUAUGGAUAGCUGUCGUCCAGGCUUUGGAAAGAAUGAAGGUCUACACAGUAAUUGCGCUAGCUGUUGCGUGGUUUGUAGUCCUGGGACUUUUAGUCCUGAUGUUGAUGUUACUUGUCAGAGCUGUGUUUCCAUCCGUGUUUAUGGAGCUAAAUCUUGCACAUAAACUUCAAACAAAAAUCGUAUUAUGA